CAACCACACACCUCUAGUGGAAGGAGGAAAUCCAAGGUGAGAUGGGCAACGGAAGUGUCACGGGUUGAUAUGCGCUUAUACACCCUAUUACCGCCAAAACCUUCACAUUCACAGUAAGCAAACGGAAACCAGAGAACGGAAAACCACCGCCCUCUCGCUGAGAAAACCAAUGAGUUGAGUGAGAGAUAAGCCCCGCUUCGGGCCAUCCUGCGGAAGAUGUGUCUUGCGAAACCAAUACGAACAACCCGAGCCCUCGCUCUCGAGCCUCCCAGUCACUGUCAGAAGAGGCAAGUUCGCCAAAAAGGUGCUUAGCGGCCAGAUAAGCAGGCCAACUAACCGACCGACCUUUACAUCCUUACCUUGGACAAUUGAGCUCUACAUUAGGAUUUGUCACUUUCCAGUGUCCAUCUCGCCAUUAAUUCCAGUCCCUCACUGUUUCUCCGCGAGUCGGCUUAUCUAUCGUUGAUAUGGGAAGCGCACAAGCGACGACGACGUUGCGUAUUGCAGCAGCUCAAUAUGAGCCAGAAUGGCUUGAUUUGCAAGCUUCAGUGAAGAAGACAUGCUCGAUCAUCGAUGAAGCUGGCCAGAAAGGUGUGAAAGUUCUAGGAUUCGCCGAAGCUUUCAUUCCAGGAUAUCCGGCGUGGAUAUGGCACCGACCGGUUGAUCCAGGCUUGUCAACAAGAUACAUCCAGAAUUCACUGGCUGUCGACUCUGAAGAGAUGCGCACGAUCCAGGCUUGUGCGAAGAAGAAUGGCGUCGUGGUGGCGCUAGGUUUCUCGGAGAACGAUCACAACUCGGUCUACAUUGCACAAGCAAUCAUCGAUAGCGACGGCAAAUUACUGAUGAAGCGUCGCAAGCUGAAGCCAACUCAUAUGGAGAGAACAAUCUUUGGUGACGCUUCUGGCGAUAGUCUGAUGAAUGUCGUCCCGACAAAAAUUGGGAAACGCGUCGGAUCACUUGCCUGUUGGGAGCAUUGCCAGCCCCUCCUGAAAUAUCAUACCGCCACUCAAAGGGAGGACAUCCACUGCGCCGGGUGGCCCCCACUAUCACCUCAUGCGGGCCCAGAGUUGUGGUCAAUGUCGAAAGAAGGUAAUUUGAUUUUUGGGACUUUACGUACUUACUCACUGUUCCAGGAUGUCUCAGUCUUUCUCACACGUAUGCGAUCGAGACACAGACCUUCGUUCUACAUGCAACCACCGUCAUCGGCCAGAAGGGCAUCGAUGCCAUGGGAACAGGCCAGUCAAUGCUCAUGAACACCCCCGGCGGCGGUUACUCAGCAGUCAUAGGACCUGAUGGCCGGAUUCUGUCGGAACCCUUCGAGCCGAAGGCGGAAGGCUUGGUAAUCGUGGAUGUAGACCCUACGAUGUCAAUUAUGGCACGGAGCUUCUUGGAUAUUUGUGGACAUUAUAGCAGACCGGAUUUGCUCUGGCUGGGGUGCGACACGAGGGAGAAGAGACAUAAGGUUGAAGCACCACGUCCCUUGUCGGAGGAGAAAGUGGUGAGUGAAGAAUGAGCGUGAGCAGUCACGAAAUAUGAACCGAAGGGAGUGGCAUGCUUCUCUGCUGUGCCGACCAGGUUUCCUCCAAUGUUUUAUCGCGUGGCUACCAAAACAUCAACCCUAUGGUGCCUAUCACACUGACUCCCAUGCCCAGCCAUCCCGAUAUCCAUACUUGCCUGUUUGUCAACAUGGCUCCGGUAUCCCAUAUCAAAUGUUUGAGUGAGUG